CUCUCGAGCCCUUCUAGGCCUUUCUUGCCCCCCUCAGCCUGAAGCUGUCAUGCUCGAGCAAGGCUAACCAGCUGCCGUAGGAUGUAUGCGACAAAGUCGGCGCUUCCGACACAGGUGCCAAAGAUGCCGUCGCCGCGAUGAUCAAGCGGCUCGCCCACCGCAACGCGAACGUCCAGCUAUACACGCUCGAGCUCGCGAAUGCCCUCAGCCAGAACUGCGGGAUCCAGAUGCAUAAGGAGUUGGCCUCACGGAGCUUCACGGAUGCCCUUCUAAGGCUUGCAGCGGAUAGAAACACACAUCAGCAGGUGAAGGCGAAGAUACUCGAGCGCAUGGCCGAGUGGACCGAGAUGUUCUCGAAUGACCCGGAUCUUGGGAUCAUGCAGGGAGCUUAUGAGAGACUGAAGACGCAGAACCCGAACCUACGCCCUCCCUCGAAACCGCAGAAGACGCAGAUCACCGAGCUCGACCGCCAAAAGGAGGAAGAAGAGCUUCAAAUUGCGCUUGCCAUGUCGAUACGUGAGUCAAAAGGCUCAGUGCCGGCGGCUGGCAAAUCGAAUACUUCCCAAGGCGCCGGUGUUGGCUCGAGCUCGCAACCCACCCAGACAUCGCAACCCGUUUCCUCAGGUACCACCGCGGCUACCGUCUCACGAGUACGAGCUCUAUUCGAUUUCCAGCCUUCCGAGCCGGGAGAAUUGCAGUUCCGGAAAGGCGAUAUCAUUGCUGUGUUGGAGUCGGUAUACAAGGAUUGGUGGAAGGGUUCGCUUCGCGGGCAGACUGGCAUUUUCCCGUUGAACUACGUGGAGAAGUUGCAGGAUCCGACGCCGGAAGAGCUAGAGAGGGAGGCUCAGAUGGAGGCGGAGGUGUUCGCGCAGAUUAGAAAUGUGGAGAAGUUGCUCGCGCUACUGAGCACGACCUCACAGAGCGGUGGCGGCGAUGUCCGGGACAACGAGGAGAUUACCGAGCUUUACCAUUCGACAUUGGCAAUCCGCCCGAAGCUGAUCGAGCUCAUCGGGAAGUACUCGCAGAAGAAGGAUGAUUUCACACAAUUGAACGAGAAGUUCAUCAAGGCUCGACGAGACUAUGAAUCAUUGCUCGAAGCUUCAAUGUCUCAGCCCCAGCAGCCCGCUUACGGCGGCCGUCCCUAUGGAGCAUAUAAUGCGCCGCCUCCGGGCGCAUACGGAGGCUACCCGCCAACAUCACCACCACCCCAGCAGGAGCCGAACCGCUAUACCUAUGCUGGCCCCCCUCCAGCACAAUCGCAAGCUCCUCCCUCCCAGUACCCGCCCGCAGGCGCAAACCCAGCAUUCUUCAUGGUGCCUCCUGAUCAACAGCGACCCCAGCAGCAGACACCAAAACCCGCCCCGCCCGUAGACCCCUAUGCACCUCCUCAAGGUAGACUGGCAACCGGGCGGCCGCAAAGCUUCGCACCGCAAGAGCUAGCAACCGGUCAUUACGAUUCCCCUGUCGACAAGCGUCAAUCCUUCGCUCCCCAAACCCAACCCCAAGGCGCUCCCUCCGCGCCACAGGGUUACGAUGCUUAUCCUCCUCAAUCACAGCAACCGGCAAGCGGGUAUCCCCAGCAGACUAGCGCGCCUCCGCAAGCACCACCGCCGGGCCCGCAGAAUCCGUAUGAACAGGUUUCCUCGCCUUAUCAACAACAGCAAUCCCCCUCGGACCCAUACUCACAGCAGCCGCCGCCGCCGCAAGCAGGAUAUGGAUACCCACCACAGCAGCCGAACCACGCUCCGCCCGCGCCUCCAGGAGCGUCAGCCAGUCCUCCGCCGCAGGGGGGCCAGCCAUAUCUUGCAUAUAGGCCGGGUGGACAAGCACCGAGUGCACCUGUGGGUGGCGGCGACGAAGGCUAUUAUCGGUAGUGCGAUAGCGUAUGGGCUGGCAUUUCGCAUUUGGAGGGCAUGUCUAUGUACUAGUACAACGUUACGGGCAGAGAUUGGUACAGGAACAGCUAGGUUGAGCGAGAUACCAUGGCAUUUCUAGUACGGGAGGGUUCCGGCAAGAUUGAUCGUUUGACAACAUGGUGUUCCGUAGCUUCUAGGGAGCGCUACAGUGAAGCAACAUAUAAUUGAACUUCAGUUCCACGGCUAAAUUUGUAGGUGGGACAUGUUUGUGCCGGU